AUGGAGAACUCAACCCAAGUCAAGUUCUUUUAUCUCUUUGGCUUACAAGAGACAUUUAACAACAAAUCGGUCUAUUUUACCUUGUCUCUUAUCACAUACCUUCUCAUCAUCACUGUGAAUCUGACUCUGAUCAUAACAAUCAUUCAGGAGAAAGGUCUCCAUGAGCCCAUGUAUAUCUUUCUGUGUAGUCUGUGUGUCAAUGGAUUGUAUGGAACUGCUGGUUUCUACCCCAAGUUCUUACUGGACCUUCAGUCAGAUGUUCAGGUGAUAUCUUAUGGUGGAUGUUUCACUCAAGCCUAUGUAAUAUACACAUCUGUCAUGUGUGAAAUUUCUACUCUAACGGUGAUGUCUUACGACAGGUAUGUGGCAAUAUGCAGACCACUACUAUAUCAUACCAUUGUGACAUCUUUAACUGUUAGAAAGUUACUCUUAUUGUCUUGGUGUUAUCCUUUAUUUAUAGCACUAAUAGCACUUAGUUUAGCAGUCAGACUUCCUUUGUGUGGAUCUCGCAUUGAUAAGAUCUUCUGUGACAUUCCGUCUAUACUGAAACAUGCAUGUUUACCCAUAACCAUCAAUCAGAUUUGGAGCCAAUGUGUAAUAGUGGUUCAUGUUUUACAGAUACUUUUCAUUGUAUUUUCUUACUGUCAGAUU